AUGUCUUCACAGUCUGAGCUUCAAAAGAGACGGGUGGUAUCUGUGUUUCUUUUCUCAAAGAAUCAAGUUGCUUUAUUUCGACGCAGCGAGAAAGUCAGAACAUAUGCACACUAUCUCGCUCCCAUAUCUGGCAGCCUUGACUUGGGCGAAUCACCGCUGGCCGCAGCAUGGCGUGAGUUGGAAGAAGAAACAACAUUAAGCUUACGAGACGUGGAUCUCUAUCGACAAGGGAUCCCGUAUGUGUUCGCUGAUGACUCGGUUAAUCGGGAAUGGACCAUAUAUCCAUUCGCAUUUCGUUUGAAAUCACGAAACGAAGGAGGCCAUGGAGGGGAAGCCAUUCGCCUCAACUGGGAACAUCAAACUUGGGGUUGGUAUGAUCCUGCAGGAAUUGAAAACAGUGACCGAUUUGAGGGUGUGCCACGACUGAAGGACAGCCUGCGACGAGUCUGGUUCGAGGGUGACAUGAACCAAGGAACCAGCAAAGCACUCAAAGCAGGCCUAGAGCAAUUGAAGACAGAUCAUCAGAGCGGAUCUCACGAACUGACCACCAUCGCUGUCAAGGCAUAUCGACAUGUGAUAUCCCAGAUGCAAGAAGAUAUUGACGCAGAAUGGUGGAAGACUGCUCGAACCGCAGCCUGGCAUCUUUCGAAAAGUGGACGAGAAAGCAUGGGAACAGCCACAAUGAACGCAUUCUUAGAGCUGAUGCCCGACAUGGAAGAAAUCGUUCACCAGAACUUGUCCCGCGAGGUCAAAUGGGAUCGCUUUCUAGGCGUAUUCGACCGCCAGCUGGACAAGCGAAACAAUAUGUCAGCACGCAUCAAAUGCACUUUCGCAGAGUAUCUCCGACGCUCUUUUUCUAGCACUAUUGAGUCUGGCGCAGAGAAAGAUUCUCUAGUCAUUCUCACACUGUCAGCCAGCUCUACUAUUCGCGACAGCAUUCUCGACACCUUUGCCUCUCUUCCCAUCCGUCACCUAGACGUGCGAAUUUUGGAGUCUCGGCCACUUUGUGAAGGAGUCCGCAUGGCUUCAUCCAUUCUCUCCGAAUUCCAAACCAAGUUCCCUCCUUCUUCUGGCCGGGUCCUAAAAUUGACAGUCUACACUGAUGCAUCUGUUGCCAUGGCUAGCAAAGGGGUGGACUUUCUCCUGCUAGGAGCCGACCGUAUUUCAGCCGAUGGCUCUGUUUGCAACAAAGUUGGUUCCUACCCAGCCGUAUUGGCCGUCAAACAGGUCUCAUCUGCCUCGGUAUUGGUUUUUAGUGAGCUGGAAAAGGUAGACGCGCCUGGAACUGGAGAGUUGCAUGAUUACGAGGAUAACGGACCCAGGGAGGUGAUGGACUCGUGGAUAAACAGCGGUAUCAAGGCAGCCAAAACUUUCGAUGAUGCACUCCAGAAUACUCGCCAGGAAGAUAUCAAUUAUGCGGUCGAGGUGAAAAAUGUCUACUUUGAAUGGAUCCCGCCUUGGUGCCCAGAUGCUUUUAUCUGUGAGCAAGGGGUAAUGGAUAUUAUGGACAUCAAUAAGAAGGCACAUCAGGUCAAGCUGGGAGUAGAUAAGUAUUUUGGUUCGCUGUGA